AUGGGUCUUCAAACCCCUGCUAGACUCACAUCUAAGGCUUAUCCUUCCCCAGAUCUGAUUAGCCUCUAUCUUCUGGAAGAUAUCUCCACUUUCUCCUAUUUGUCCCUGUUACCUCCUCCUCUCACAUCAUGGGACUAUUGGGCGCACGCCUCGAAUCUGAGUACCAUGUCGAGACUUCAAGACUACUCACUUGCUUUCCAGAUCCUGAGCUCUUCUUCUAGUCCAUCUGUUUUCCCUUGUGAGGCAGAGCCUACCCGAGACUUGCACUGCGAACAUGACUCUAAGGAUUCACAGCAAGUAAUAAUGGAUGCAGCAAUGAAACUGGCCAACAGUACGCCAAAAGAGUUGUCUUCUGGAGGCGGUUCUUUAUGUCUAACACCUUAG